ACGUUUCUGUAGUUUUUGAUAAAAUUAUCUUGAUAUGUUUAAAUAAAAAGAUAAUAAAAUAGGACCUUGGAGUUUCUGAAUAGCCCUGAAUUGUGUUCAGUAGCAAAAGUUGCUAAAAUUAAACGAGUAUUUUUAUUUAAAUUAAUUUUCAAUCUGUUGAUUUCUAUGUUAUAGAUACUACUUAAGAUUUUCAAUGGACGCUAUAAAAAGUAAACUGAGUGCUUUAAGAAAAGAGUUUGGUGAUGUUCAACCUUUAGUUGCUGUUUUAAAAGUAAAUCAAGUGGGUGAUAGCAUCCCUUCUAAUGCAAUAAGAGGGACUUUAGAAGCAGUUGGUGUUUCUUUAAAAUCUGUUGCAGUAGACACGGGAGAUAAUGAUUCUUGUGUUUAUGAUGCAAUCGCACAGCUGAACAAAGAUUCAAGCAUUCAUGGAAUUCUAGUUGAGUUACCAUAUGAUUUCUCUGGUGACCAUCAAAGUUUGUUUGAUUCAAUUCUACCUGCUAAAGACAUCACUGGGCUUUCUCGGGACAGCGUGAAUGGAUUUUUGAGGAGACGCACUGAUGCUUCUCAACAUGGUUUUUCUGCUGCAAUCCUUGAACUGAUAAAAAAACUAAAGCCAUCAGCAAUGCACGGAAAUAUUUGCAUUGUUGGAUUUAAGAAUCCUUCUAUCUUGUCUCAAGUGCUAAUCGAACAUAAUUCUGUAGUUACUGUUUGUCGAAAUUGCGAUGAAAAGUUACCAUCUAUUAUAAAUAAUGCUGAUGUCAUCAUAUCAAUCAGUUUAGUUUAUGAGAAGAUCAAACAAUGGAUGAAACCAAACUCAAUUUUAAUAAGUUGUUCUCUUGCUUCUACAGAAGAACAAGAUUUGAAUACUGAAAAUCAUAUUGUCGUUUCUAAUCAUACAUUUUAUGCUGAAGUUGCAAAAGUUUAUGCCAGAAAUCUUCUUCAAAAUAUCAAAAACUUGUAUGAUCCUGAAUGGAGUUUGAAAAGCAUUCCUUUGAAAUUUGGCCCACCUGGUCAAAGUGAUUUAGACAUAGCAAGAGCACAGCAACUGAAACAUAUUGCAGAUUUGGCUAAAGAGAUGAAUCUUUUUCCACAUGAAAUUGAACUUUAUGGAUAUACAAAAUGUAAAGUAUCACUAUCAGUUCUUGACAGGUUAAAGACUAGGAAAUCAGGAAAAUAUGUCGUGGUAGCAGGAAUCACACCAACUCCUCUUGGCGAAGGUAAAAGCACCACGGCAGUUGGUUUGUGCCAAGCUUUAGCAGUUCAAAUGAAACGAAAUACUAUAGUCUGCUUACGACAACCAUCUCAAGGUCCUACAUUUGGAAUUAAAGGAGGUGCUGCUGGAGGAGGUUAUUCUCAGGUAGUUCCAAUGGAAGAGUUCAAUUUGCAUUUGACUGGUGAUACUCAUGCCGUUACUGCAGCCAAUAAUUUGCUUGCUGCUCAGAUUGAUGCUCGAAUCUUCCAUGAAGCCACAGCAACAGAUGAUGGUUUGUAUAAAAGGCUUGUAAAGAUUGUUAAUGGAAAAAAAGUUUUUUCACGUAUACAGAUUGCUAGACUUGAAAGAAUUGGAAUUCAGAAAACUGACCCAGAUAGUUUAACUCCUGAAGAAAUAAAGAAAUUCUGUCGUCUUGAUAUUGAUCCUUCUACAGUAUCUUGGUAUAGAGUUAUUGACACAAAUGAUAGAUUUUUAAGGAAAAUUCAUGUCGGCUUAGCUAAAACUGAAAAAGAAAUGUGUAGAGAAACUCGAUUUGAUAUUGCAGUAGCUAGUGAAUUAAUGGCUAUCCUUGCCCUAACCACAGACAUGGCUGAUAUGAAAGAAAAGAUAUCCAAAAUUGUUGUUGCUAAUGAUAGAAGUGGAAAUCCAGUUACUGCUGACGAUUUGGGUGUUUCUGGUGCUUUAGCUGUCUUAAUGAAAGAUGCCAUUAAUCCUAAUUUAAUGCAAACCCUUGAGGGAGCUCCAGUUUUUGUACACGCUGGUCCAUUUGCCAAUAUUGCUCAUGGAAAUUCUUCAAUAAUUGCAGACAAAAUAGCAUUAAAAUUAGUUGGAAAAGAUGGGUUUGUAGUUUUUAGAACAGACACAGACGCAGAAUUAUCUCUUUUGAAAACACUUGUGGAAAAAGAUGGUGCUAGAAGUGUCAUUUGCAAGCAUUUCACUGAAGGAAGCAAAGGAGCUAAAGACUUAGCCCAAGCUGUUAUAGAUGCCUCUCAACAACCUGUUGAUUUCAAGUUCCUUUAUGACUUGAAGCUUCCUAUCGCUAAAAAAAUUGAAAUAAUCGCCAAAGAAAUAUAUGGAGCCGAUGGUGUAGAGUUUGACAAAGUGGCUCAAGAAAAAAUGGAUCUUUUUGAAAAACAGGGAUUUGGAGGAUUACCUGUAUGCAUGGCUAAAACUCCUUUAUCAAUAUCUCAUGAUCCAGCGAAGAAAGGUGUACCUACAAAUUUUGUCGUACCCAUUCAAGAUAUAAAACUGAGUGCAGGAGCUGGUUUUGUAUAUCCAUUGCUUGGAGCUGUACUAACCAUGCCAGGUCUCACAAUUAGACCUUGUUUUUAUGAUAUUGACAUUGAUCCUGAAACUGGUGACAUAGAAGGUCUCUCAUAAACAUGGGGCUCUAAUGGAUUAUCUUAAAAUUGUUUCUAAAUAUACCCUCAAGUGCCAAAAGAAACAUUCAUUAGCAUUUGAAAAACUACAGAGAGAUAUUUUACUAUAGAUGGAUAGAUAUAUUUUUAUAAUUUUUUUAUGAAAUAAAACUGUUUGUUAUUAA